AUGUCGACGCACAACCCGCCCGCGCCCUGCUGCUAUAAUUUAUUGACACGAGGCGACCACCACCACCACCACCACGCAACCACCCACCGCCCCGCCAUGCUUCGGCAACAGCUGCGGCCUUGGGCAACCCGGGGACCCUCUCCCCCCAUCGUACCCCGGUUGAUUCGUCGCGCGCAAUUCCAAAUCGCCCUUCUGCCGUUUCCGGUGCUCGCCUGCACGUGGCCCGACGCGGGACAGACGGGCAGACGGACCGGGGGGCGGGAGGGGGGAGGAGGAGGCUCGUGGUCGGAGUCGAGAGGCGUCGAGGAGCGAGACGAGAGAGUGAGAGAGCCCAACCCAACGGUGCAGCAGCAGCAGCAGCGCCGCAGCACCGAGGGCCUGGGGCGACACAACACACGCACGCACGCCCGACUAAGGCACCGCAUCUUACCUCAUGUGCUGCAUGCCGUACGCCGCACCAGCCAUCCCGUACGUUGCAGUUCUCAAUCGUGA